AUGGAAGCGAAGGCAUCUGAACUCUUGGCGGCCUUCAAGAACCCCAACCUGUCUGUCGACGCAAAGGUCGCAUAUCUAUCCAGCGUCAAGUCCGAUAUCAAACAAAAAAAUGUCCCAGAAGGCGCCAUUCGCUCGAUCUUUGAGACAUUACGUUUAGCCAUUAGCUCCCAACACUAUUCUGUUCUCGGCGCAGGGUUUUCCACCCUCGGUCACCUCUUAAAGCGCCUUAUCAUCCAAGACCAGCAGCAAUGGGUCGUCAGUCAUGCCCAAAACCUAUAUCCUACCCUUCUCGAACGCCUGAAUGACCAAAAAGAGCGUAUCAGAGCCCAAGCGGCCUCUAUAUUCACUGAACUGUGGCCUCUUGCUGGAAGUGAAGUGGAGUAUUACGUUCUCGAUGUUGCACUGGUAGGGAAGAACCAUAGAUCCAAGGAAAUGAGCAUGCUUUGGUUGGCAAAUAUGACGAAAAACCAUGGAUUGUUGUUCCGCCAAUAUGUCCCUUCACUCGUCGCAUGCCUAGAGGAUGCCGACAGUGCCGUCCGAGACACGGCUAAGCUGGUCGUGAUCGAUCUGUUCCGCACCGGGCCCGCAAGAGCGAAGUCUGAUUUACAGAAACAAAUGGCCAAUCGCGGAGUGAGAAAAUCCAUCGCGAACGCUGUUCUCUCUGGAAUUGGGGUGGGGUCAGUUGAGCCUGAGACUGCGCCCUCCACACGCCCAAUUUCUCGAGCUGAGCGCCCAAUCUCAGUUAUGUCGUCACGUUCGCAUGCCAUGGAACACCACGAAGAAGACAUCGAACCUGUGAGAAGUCGCCCAGCCUCAAGAGCUCACCGCGAACGACCAAUUGCCUCUUCCGCGCCUGCAGAACCACCCGUUAUUCAUCGUCCCCAUACACCAGCAGCCGAGAGGCAUGUACCCCAGCCACCACCGGCAGACGAUGAUGGUUUGGAACCUUACGAUGUUGCCUCUGCCCGGGAUAUCGAUGACCUUGUGCGCGAUAUGCUUCCGUGGUUCGACGGCAAAGAGUCUGAGGACAACUGGUCGAAACGCGAAAAGAACGUCAUCCUCUUCCGCAGAGUAACCCGAGGCAAUGCGCCACACGACUUCUCGCAGACAUUCCUCGCCGCAACCAAAACUCUUCUUGACGGCAUUUUCAAAGUUGUCAAUUCUCUUCGAACUACAAUGUCCACGAACGGAAGUUUGUUGAUUCAGGACAUUGCACGAACAUGUGGUCCCAAAAUUGAUCCAAUGGUUGAAAUUAUCAUGCAAAAUCUGAUGAAACUUUGCUCGGGUCUGAAGAAAAUCGCUGCUCAGAAUGGUAAUGCCACUGUCGAUGCGGUCAUUGGCAAUGUUUCUUUUAGCAUUCGCCUCUUGCAGCACGUCGCUUUUGCAGCACAAGACAAAAACGUCGGUGUUCGCCUGUUUGCCGCAGGCUGGUUGAAAACACUGAUCAUCCGGCAAGCUCGUCACAAAAGCACGGUUGAGCAUGGCGGGGGCCUUGAGCUCGUUGAAAAGUCCAUUCUCAAAGGACUGGGUGAUGCCAAUCCUGGUGUGCGUGAAACAUCCCGAGGUACUUUUUGGACAUUCUACGGUGUGUGGCCCGAAAGAGCCAACGCUAUAGCAGAUACGCUUGACCCAAAGUCACGCAACCUGCUAGAGAAAGAUUCAUCAAACCCCAAUGUCGUCCUGAACAGUUCAUCUGCAGCCCCCGCUAAGAGUCCUGCAAAGAGCCGAUCCGCUUUGCAAGAAGCUAUUGCCGCUCGGAAGAAGGCUCAAAUGCCAUCGCGCCCUGAGUCGGCUCAACCAGCCUUUUCCGAGGCGAGGACCCCAGCUGCAGCGCCCAAGGCGACGCGAACUGUGCCAACUGGGGCGCCCCUUUCCUCUCUCUCAUCUGCGCCCAUGAGGCCUGGCAUGAAACCCAGGAGGGCCGAAUUGAGUCGUCCUGCAACUGCAGAUCCCUAUGCUCGUCGCCCAGAGUCACGUACCCAGACUACGCGGGAAGAAACCACUUCUCCCAGGGCUGUCAGGUCGAAAACAUCAACCCCCACAUCGAGACCUCCUCCAGCCCCCCGUCAACGACUUAACGAGUCCACACAGGCAGCUACAACGAAGGGGAGACCCAAGAAGCUUGACUUGUCAAAGUCGAAGUCACACAGCGACCUUGCGGCAGCGAACCGUGCUCGUAGCGAUUCUGUUGAGAGUCACACAAACUACCCAUCAGCGAGGACUCCUCGCUACGGAAGUAACUUGAGCCCAACUGCAAGCCGCCAUUCCCCGGCACCUGUAGUAUUAGACAGUCCCCCUCUUGCUGGCUCGCAACCAAUUCUGCACUCAGCGCCGGAUGGCCCUCACGCCGAUUCCGUUCCACUUGAAGAAUCUGAGCCGGAAAUGAUGGCUAUAGAGGAGCCGCUGCGGGAGCAAUUGGAAGCACCAGUCUCUGCCGGAUCUCCAGCGGAAAUUCAUCAUGAAGCAGCUGUCACCGUGCCCCACUCGCCAGAACGCUCAGGUAUGAUCCCUGUUCCUGCCCCGGUGUCUGUUGCCAAAAACCAACCAGAGUCAAUGGUCAUCUAUGAAGAUCCUGCCACACCCACUGCAGAUGAACAUGAAGACCGGGAUUUUGCUGCCUCAGUUGGAGUGGUCACUCCAAAGACCCCUUCCAAGACCCCCUCCAAGACUCCCUCCAAAACCCCAUCCAAAAUUCCCUCCAAGACUCCUGCAAAGUCGCCUUCCAAGUCUCCCUUCAAGUCCCCCGUUCGCUUUGAGGGGAUAAAUCACGACGAAGUCGAGACAGAUAUCAUUUCUCAAGACAGUGCAACCCCCACGAUUGCAUCGGGUAGGAAGCAUAUACCGGAUUUGACCCCCAGCCAGGAAGCUUUCAUGAACCACGGAGUACAAACCCCAUCUCCUACACGCAGAACUCCACUUCAAUCAAGCGGAUCCCCCACUCGAGGUCGCGCCCCACCGACGGCUUCGAAUAUCCCCCAGGAGAUGGAUAUUACAGUCCCCCAUGAGCCCACUUUGGAUCAUGCGGGCACCGGGAGCAACAACGAGAACGCAACUCCACACGUGGCCAAGACUAUAGACUUCACUUCGGUUCCACGAUCCGCAGCCAAACCUACCGCACUUGAGGAAGUCACGGCCAACGAAAACAUACGGCGCUCCCCCGAAGCAAGGCAACAGCUGUCUGAAUCACUGUCUCAGUCAACUUUGUCCCAAUCGUCCUUGUCCCAAUCGACAAUCUCUGAGGACUCAUCCCGACGUACUCGGAAGUGGGUGGAUCGUCACCGCAGCCCCAGUCCUCGCUCAAAGGACCCUGUCAACGCAAAGGAAAUGAUUCACAAAGGUCUUGCCCGGAUCCAGUCCAAGACCAUGGAGCCGUCCGGAUACCGCAAGUUGCAGGGACUGUUCCAAUAUCACGGCGAGGACAUCGUAACUCAAAGCCAGGACUAUAGUGCUAUGUUGGAAGCUCUGCUUACCGAGCUCGAAGCGGCCCCCCAAAACCGCAAGGACCACGACGUGAAAACUCAGGUACUGGCCACCAUCCGUUCCAUGCUGCUGCGGACGCGCGAGCAUUUCUCCCCCUAUGACGCCCGAGCUAUGGCAGCUAUUAUCCGAGCUCGCCAGCACUACGAGUCCUCCUCGCACUUCGUUGUCGGCUUGGAAGAGGCAGUCGACAAACUCGUGUUCUUGACCACAGCUCAGACCGCGAUUGCAGGUGUUCUCCAAGCACUGGAACUUGGAGAGGAGCACGAAACCGACGAGACCUACCGAUCCACCAUCAUGGGGUUAAGCACUAUCCAGCAAUCGCUCGCACGUCCUGGUACCGAUAUCUCCGACGAACUUCUCGCAAAAAUUGGUGCCGUUGUCAUGCAGAAACUCGGACACCCACGUCCUGGCGUCCGAAAGAAUGCGACUGAACUCUGCACUUUCUUGAACAUUACCUUUGGAUCGGAGCGUGUACAAAAGGUCACUCAACCGCCUCGCGAGGGAUCCCUUAACCUGCUCACUUACUUCAUGGCCCGUCGGACCCAGUAA